AUGCAGUACGGCCCCGUCCCAGACUUUCCCAUCAAAAACAAGAUCGUAGCCAUUACCGGUGGUGGAUCCGGUAUUGGCUUCGCUGUAGCGCGCAGAUGCCAUGAAAAUGGAGCUCGCGUACUCAUUGGAGACCUCAAACUUGUUGCAGACGCUGAGAAGUACGUCUCUGAGGCGCCUUCCGGGGAGGUUGUUUUCCAUCGUUGCGAUGUAACCUCGUGGAAGUCUCUCCAUGAGUUGAUUUCCGCCAGCGUCAAGAUGUUCGGGGACGUCCCAGACGUCUACAUUCCCAGCGCAGGUGUAAGAAUAUCCACUGCUGCCAAUGAAUGCGCCGGAAAGCUGACGAGUGGGUAGGUAUUCGAGCCUCCAUGGAGCAACUUCUGGGAUGAUAGCGAAGACGAAGCGUACAAAACACUUCAGAUCAAUACUCACCACCCUGUCAAGCUGACUCGUCUGGCCAUGCGCGCGCUUGCAGGUGCAGAGAAGCAGGGUGUGGUAGCGCUUCUAGCGUCAUCCGCGGGUAUUCGAGGCAAUUAUUUGGCGAGCUUGUAUGCGACAUCGAAGCAUGCUGUGGUGGGCUUUGCAAAAUCCAUGGGCCAAGCGGACCUCGAAGAAGGCGUCAAGGUCGUUUGCAUAUUGCCAGGGUUUGUCCAGAGUCCGUUGUGGGAAGACCGUGUCGAUGAUAUGGCGAAAAUAACUCAGUACCAGCAAAGGCUGCAAACUGCGCUGCAGCCGAGUGACAUCGCUGAAACGCUGCUCAAAAUGAUUCAAAGCAAUGAUUUUGGAGGAGGAACGUGUGUGCUGAAGACGAAGCAGGAAGAGAGGGUCGUCGAAGAAGGCUUUAUGAAGAGUUCUGGAAAGUACGACCCGUCUCCUCGACCAGAGCCUGAUAUGAGCCGGAUCAAAGCUCUAUUGCAAAGCGAACGUGGCAAGAAGUGGGUGUAG